AUUCGCUCUCUUGUCUUGUAAUAACAACAAGCACAACACUUCCUCUCCUCUUUCUUCACAUUAAACUCCGCCAACUUCCCUUCUCUUUUGUUCUCUUUCAGAACAAGAAAUUAAUAUUUCUUACGCCUCCGUAAUCUCCUUUUUCGUAAUGUAUGUAGAAAGCAAUUGAAGCUCUCUCUCUCUCUAUUUAUACUCAAUAUACAGACGCACCCAGACAAGGAGGGAAAGGAAAAAAGUAGAUACAUACAAAGAGCAAAAGUCUAUUGCUUAGGGUGCGUGACAUAGCUAGAAACAAAAUUAUGUGGAACGUGUUCUUGCUGCUGCUGCUGCUGCAACUUUUAUUCUUCUUCUCUUCACGGAUUUCUACUGUUUCAGCCUCUGUGUCCUAUGAUCAUAAAGCUGUUAUAAUCAACGGGCAGAGAAGGAUUCUUAUUUCUGGCUCAAUACACUACCCAAGAAGCACUCCUGAGAUGUGGCCUGAUCUUAUUCAAAAGGCCAAAGACGGAGGAGUGGAUGUGAUUCAAACUUAUGUCUUCUGGAAUGGACAUGAGCCCUCUCCUGGAAACUAUUAUUUUGAGGACAGGUAUGAUUUGGUUAAGUUCAUCAAGCUGGUUCAACAAGCAGGCCUUUAUCUUCAUCUGCGAAUUGGCCCCUAUAUUUGCGCUGAAUGGAACUUUGGGGGAUUUCCUGUGUGGCUAAAAUAUGUUCCUGGUAUUGAAUUUAGAACCGACAACGGGCCUUUCAAGGCGGCAAUGCAAAAGUUCACAGAGAAGAUUGUGGGCAUGAUGAAGUCAGAAAAGUUGUUUGAAAAUCAAGGAGGCCCAAUAAUUCUUUCCCAGAUAGAAAAUGAAUAUGGACCAGUGGAAUGGGAAAUUGGUGCACCUGGUAAAGCCUAUACAAAAUGGGCAGCUGACAUGGCAGUGAAGCUUGGUACAGGAGUCCCAUGGAUUAUGUGCAAGCAAGAAGAUGCCCCAGAUCCCAUGAUAGACACCUGCAAUGGAUUCUACUGUGAAAACUUCAAACCAAACAAGGACUAUAAACCCAAAAUAUGGACAGAAGCCUGGACUGGCUGGUAUACUGAAUUUGGUGGUGCUGUUCCUCAUAGGCCAGCAGAAGACAUGGCAUUUUCAGUCGCAAGGUUCAUACAAAAUGGUGGUUCAUACAUUAACUACUAUAUGUACCAUGGAGGAACUAACUUCGGAAGAACCGCUGGCGGUCCCUUCAUUGCCACUAGCUACGAUUAUGAUGCCCCUCUUGAUGAAUUCGGAUUACCAAGGGAACCAAAGUGGGGGCAUUUGAGAGAUUUGCACAAAGCCAUCAAGCUAUGUGAACCUGCUUUAGUUUCUGUUGAUCCCACUGUAACAUCACUUGGGAGUAAUCAAGAGGCUCAUGUAUUCAAGUCAAAGUCGGUAUGUGCUGCAUUUCUUGCCAACUAUGAUACAAAAUACUCUGUGAAGGUGACAUUUGGUAAUGGACAAUAUGAAUUGCCGCCUUGGUCCGUCAGCAUUCUCCCUGAUUGCAAGACUGUGGUUUAUAACACAGCAAGGCUCGGUUCCCAAAGCUCACAAAUGAAAAUGGUUCCAGCGAGUAGCUCAUUUUCAUGGCAAUCAUACAAUGAGGAAACUGCAUCAGCUGAUGAUGAUGAUACAACUACAAUGAAUGGGCUGUGGGAGCAAAUCAAUGUGACAAGGGAUGCCACAGACUACUUGUGGUACCUGACAGAUGUCAAAAUAGACGCCGAUGAAGGAUUUCUGAAGAGUGGACAGAAUCCUCUUCUCACAAUUUUCUCCGCUGGUCAUGCUUUGCAUGUAUUUAUCAAUGGUCAACUAGCAGGAACCGCUUAUGGGGGAUUAUCAAAUCCUAAGUUAACGUUUAGCCAGAACAUCAAAUUGACAGAAGGGAUUAACAAGAUCUCUUUGUUGAGUGUUGCUGUGGGUCUCCCGAACGUUGGCCUGCAUUUUGAGACAUGGAAUGCCGGGGUUCUAGGUCCAAUCACCCUGAAGGGUCUGAAUGAGGGGACGAGAGACCUGUCAGGGCAGAAAUGGUCAUACAAGAUUGGUCUGAAAGGUGAAUCACUGAGCCUUCAUACUGCUAGUGGGAGUGAAUCUGUUGAAUGGGCGGAAGGAUCACUAUUGGCUCAAAAACAAGCACUGACCUGGUACAAGACAGCUUUUGAUGCACCACAAGGCAAUGAUCCCCUGGCUUUAGAUAUGAGUAGCAUGGGGAAAGGUCAGAUGUGGAUAAAUGGACAAAAUAUAGGACGGCAUUGGCCGGGAUAUAUAGCUCAUGGCAGUUGUGGUGACUGCAAUUAUGCUGGAACUUUUGAUGACAAAAAGUGUCGGACUAAUUGUGGGGAGCCCUCACAGAGAUGGUACCAUGUUCCUCGCUCAUGGCUUAAGCCGAGUGGGAAUCUCUUAGCUGUGUUUGAAGAAUGGGGUGGUGAUCCAACUGGAAUUGCUUUUGUCAAAAGAACUACUGCAAGUGUCUGUGCUGAUAUUUUUGAAGGGCAGCCGGCGUUGAAGAACUGGAAGGCGAUAGCCUCAGGCAAAGUCAUCAGCCCGCAACCCAAAGCCCACCUGUGGUGUCCUCCGGGACAGAAGAUAUCUCAGAUAAAGUUUGCUAGCUUCGGAAUGCCUCAGGGCACAUGUGGAAGCUUUCGGGAGGGGAGCUGCCAUGCCCACAAGUCAUACGAUGCCUUUGAAAGAAAUUGUGUUGGGAAGCAGUCGUGCUCAGUGACUGUAGCUCCUGAAGUUUUCGGAGGAGAUCCAUGUCCAGAUAGUGCAAAGAAGCUAUCAGUUGAGGCUGUCUGCAGCUGAAGUCCUGAAAUUCCAAAAGCUCUACGCAAAGAAUUGAAAUCCCAGAUUACUCCAUUUCAGUACAUAGACAGGACAUUACAUCCUUUAAGAUUUUCAGGCUUGUAGAUUGCAGAUUUCCAAGGUCCAUGGAAUCACUUGCCACCGGCGAAAUCAAAAAAAAAAAAAAAGAGUACAGAAUUUGGCAAAGCCAGAUGAAGAUUGUGAAGUGGUUGAAAGAUGCUUUAGGUACAUAGGCAAGGUAUUAUCUGUCAUACAUCAUAAACAGGCUACAUAUAGUCUGAAAGCUUUUAGUCUUGCAAAUUCAUACAGGCAAGUCUUUAGCGUGCAGCCGUCGGUUGAGUAUUUGUAAGUUUGUCCCUUGCAAAAUAAAAUGCAAAGGAAUAUCACUGAUAGCAUUCCAAUGGAAUUUGAAUUGUGAAUUUCUAUAUUAAA